AUGCACCCAUCGUCCAUGUCAGGGCAGCUGGGCUCCAUGAGAACCAGACAGGAGAAGACCAAGAGCAUCUUGCCUAAAGACUUGCGCCAGCAUCAGAAGAUAAGAGCAGAAAAGAACGGUGAUACCAACAGGUGUGACUUUGCACUAUCCCUCGUCCAUCCAUCCUGUGGCUUUGGUUUUUUAAAUCUUGCUUACCAGGUAAAGCGUUCUAAUAUAUUUCUUUCUUUAUCUAUUGGUUUCAUUCCAACGACAGGUGUGAGCUCCAUCCUCCGUCCGUCUCCCACCCAUCCAAGCUCCUCACCACCCACCCAGAGAAGAGAGCAUGAACGUGGACACGGCGCUGUGGGUGGUCCUGGUGGGUCUGGUCCUAGCCAUGGCUGGGGUGGGUCAGUGUCUGCAGGAGGAGAGGGAUCUGGAGAACAACAACUUGCCAGGGGACUCAGGAGAGGUGCUGGCGCUGGUAAGACUGACCCCUACAAAACAAGUCUGGGGUGCAUUCAGCAGUGCGCAAUGUUUUCGGAACACUCAGAUAGAAAUAUGCUAUGUAGAACAAACAUCAUUUUCUGACAUGUAAGGAAUCAUGUCGGCUCUAUUCGUAGCAUUUCUAUCUGCAACAUUUAACAAUGUUUGGUUGUUUGACAGGAGGUUGAGGAUGUGGGGGUUAAGUCCUGUUGUGUGUGUUUGACAGGAGGGUGACGAUGUGGGAGGGGUUAACGAGUUGGACGACCGUCUCCUGGCCGCUGUGAUUCACUCUCUGCUCCAGAGAAACACCAGGAACCCCUCUGUUCUCCACCAACCUCAGAGGUGAGGAUCUCUGUGUGUGUGUCUCCUCCGUUCUCCACCAGCCUCAGAUGUAACAGUUAACUUUGUAACAUAGAUACUGCACAUAUUACAUUUACAUUUAUGUCAUUUAGCAUAUAAACAUAACAUCAGCUCUCAGAGUUGAGUGGCCCAUCUGUCACCGCAACGGCGAAUUACAAAAUUACACAAUUGGGUCGUUCCUCGAAAAGAGUGCCUUUUGCCCUUUGAUAUUUAAAAUAGAAAGUGUGCACCAAUAUUUAAUUUGAUAAGUUAUAUUAAAUGAAAUGCCGUUUAAUAUAGACCACAUGGAGAAUUCAGUAAAUCUGAAUAAAGACAUGUCAAAAUGCAGCAUGACCCUCCGUGAACCCUGUGUCACUUCUAUGGAAGAUUUCAACCCACUUUAUCCCAUACAUUCUCAACGUUUCACCGUUUUAAAGCCCUAGUUAAUUUUGACAGUCAUUUCUGAAGAUGAUUAUUUAUUUAAUGUGAUAAGUGAUUCAUUUACAUCUGUCUCUCAUUUUUAAGGUCAACCCUGUUACGUGAACUGAACUCUCAUUUUAAUACGGUGAAACUAUUCCUUUUAAAUAUUGUUGUUUUCAAAAGAAACGUUGAACAUCUAAUAGUUCAAUCAUAGUGUAAAUUCUGGUGUUUUGUGGUGGAAAUCUGAGCUGGUUAAGCAUAACACGUCAACCAUGUUACCCAUAAAUAGACAGGCUAGAAAUGUUUGAACAAUUAUACUUUUUUUGUGAAGCUUGCAUUGAAUUGUCACUCCCUGUUGCACACAGCAAGCUUCCAUUCCCCCUGUCACAAGGGGAUUCAUGGCUGAUUUAAGAUGAAAUCAUCAACCCUGUUACGGUCAACCCUGAUACGGUCAACCCUGUUUCGGUCAACUCUUGUUACUUUAUUUGGCACUUAAUAGGCCUUACUAUAGUCAUUUUUUUAUUUAACGUCUUGAAUUGGGAAAACUUGUUUUUUAUAAAGUUGAACAUGCUCUUUAUGACAGAAUGUUAAAAUGAGUUGAAAUCAAACGUUUAUUUUUUAUUUUUUAUACCAAGUUACGCUUCUCAAAAUUAGAUAAUGUGCAUAUAGGAAAUAUUUUCUUGUUUUCAGCUCCAUUCAAUAGCCUUUAUUGCUGACUUUAUUCAGAGUCGUCCUAUUUUAUCCAACCAAUAAAAACAACAUUAUAUUGUUCACAUAGUAAGCCAGUGUGAAUAGUAAAGAGAUAAUGGUAAUUCACACUCAGUUCCACCAACUGCAUCAGCAAUUCAGCGUCCCAUAUUACAUUUACAUUUUAGUCAUUUAGCAGACGCUCUUAUCCAGAGCAACUUACAGUUAGUGAAUACAUAUUUUUUUAUACUGGCCCCCCGUGGGAAACGAACCCACAACCCUGGCGUUGCAAACACCAUGCUCUAUCAACUGAGCUACAUCCCUGCCGGCCAUUCCCUCCCCUACCCUGGACGACGCUGGGCCAAUUGUGCACCGCCCAUGAGUGUCCCGGUCGCGGACGGCUGCGACAGAGCCUGGAUUCGAACCAGGAUCUCUAGUGGCACAGUUAGCACUGCGAUGCAGUGCCUUAGACCACUGCGCCACUCAGGAGCACCCUAUUCCCUAUGAGGGGAACUACUUUUGACCAGAGCCCCUAUAUAGUGCACUAGUUUUGACCAGGGCCUUUAGGGUAGUGCACUACAUAUGGAAUAGGGUGCUACCUGAUACUGUAACACGACUGCCUAUCUCCCCUGCAGGUUUGGCCGUGACAGCAGAGGAGACUUGGUGAUUGGAGACAGGAUACAGUCCAGAGACUGGGAGCAGGCUCCAGGACAUAUCUGGGGCAUGGCUGUGCCGCAGAGAUUUGGCAAGAAAUAGGCUUUGGUUG